AUGUUCCAGAUGCUUCAAACUGUGGGUCAGUUUAGUGGGAUGCCAACAGAGGAUCCUCACCUUCACCUUCGCUUGUUCAUUGAAGUAAGUGAGUCUUUCAAGCUACCUGAAGUGACAGAGGAUGCAUUGAGACUAAAUUUGUUCCCAUACUCCUUGAGAGAUAGAGCCAUAGCUUGGUUGAACUCCUUGCCAUCUGAUUCCGUGAGUACUUGGCAAGAGUUGACUGAGCGGUUCUUGAUGAAGUAUUUUCCUCCCACUAAAAAUGCCAAGCUUCGCAAUGAGAUUACUUCAUUUCAACAACUUGAUGAAGAAUCCUUAUAUGAGGCAUGGGAGCGGUUUAAGGAGUUGUUACGCAAAUGCCCUCACCAUGGCAUUCCUCAUUGCAUCCAAAUGGAAACCUUCUAUAACGGUCUUAACGCUCAUACUAGGAUGGUGGUUGAUGCUUCAGCGAACGGAGCUCUUCUUGCUAAGUCCUAUAAUGAGUGGCCCACUUCUAGAUUGUCUACCGGUAGAAAGAUGGCCGGUAUUCAUGAUGUAGAUGCCAUCACUUCUUUGGUGGCCCAAGUGUCUUCUAUUUCUAAUAUGCUCAAGACAAUGAAUAUGGGGAUGAAUCAAUCAAUGGGGCAGCCUAUGGGGACACAAAUGGGGCAAAUGGAGAGCAUUUCUUGGGUGUAUUGUGGUGAGGGUCAUACUUUUGAUAACUGUCCUUCUAAUCCGGCAGUUAUAUGUUAUAUGGGGAUCCAAAAUAGGAAUGGUCCUUAUUCUAAUUCCUACAACCCAUCAUGGAGGCAACACCCCAAUUUUUCAUGGAGUAAUCAAGGAGCUGGCCCUAGUAAUCCUUCAAUGCCUCCAAGACCAAAUUUUCCACCGAGUUACCCCCCUCAAGCACCACAACAAAGACCACAACAAUAG